GUACUUCUGUGGACGUAGAAAUGCAGGACAGAAUUAAUCAAAAGAGUGAAGUAAACGCUAGAACAUCGGUUGACUUGAGCCAGUAAGUAAGAUUUUAAGAAGACUAAUAUUGGUAGAGCCUUUUAUCGAGGGUGUUGGAAUUUGCGACUUAUUUUCGUAUAGGUCGUUAAAUAAUAUGCACAUCAAAAUACUGGCCGAGUUGACAUUAUGAAAUCGUGCAGAAUAAUUUUUCCCAUUUCCUACCGGUAAUCGUCGAGCAGUGUGUCAUUUUCGCGAACUUUUAGUCAGUGGCGCUUCUUGGUUAAAAAGGAAUAAACUAAAACUAAAAACGAACGAACAAAACGAAAGUGUCUAUCGGUCGGCCAUACUCAAACAAUCACCGAUCGUCAUCUAGGAACGACGACUAGAAUUUAAUGUCUAAAACCCAGGUUAAAUAUAAAUAAUUUACCUGACGCAUUACGCGAUCGCGUCUUGCAUCACAAAAUAAACCCUCAAAACGUAAAUUUGAUAACUGAAAAGCUGUGUGGAAAGAUUUGCUGGUGGUGUCAAAAAAAGGAAAAAACCUCUUGUACUUAUUUUCUCCGGCUUUAAAAUCCCUCGGAAAGCGUGGCGCUCGGCGGACGGCGGUGAAAAAAGUGGCGUAAUAGCGACGGCGGUAUCGUGGGUUAACCGAUGAGUGCCAAAACCGAUGUUAAUAGGCGAGUUCUCGCUAUUCAGGCAAAGAAAAAACGGCACAAGCCUGGAAAACGGAAGGUAAAAGGAUCGUUGGGCGACACAGAUACACCCGGGUCGAACGGACCUCAAGGGGGACCAAAGACUUCCUCUUCAAAUCAAGAAAAUACCAGCUCAAGACCGUACUCCGGUGGCAACGGAAGCAGGUUGGAGCCUUGUCAUAGCUCGAGUAAUGAGACGAUUGAGGAUGAUGAGAUCUAUAGUAGCGACGACGAAGAGCAGGAAGAUAGCAGUGACUACUGCAAGGGAGGUUAUCACCCUGUAAAAAUUGGAGAUUUAUUUCUCAACCGCUAUCAUGUUACACGUAAACUUGGAUGGGGACAUUUUUCUACUGUCUGGCUCUGUUGGGACCUUCAGGAUAAACGAUUUGUUGCACUGAAGGUUGUUAAAUCUGCAUCACACUUUACAGAGACUGCACUCGAUGAAAUAAAACUUUUGAAAGAUGUUCGCGACACGGAUUCAAAUGACCCAAAGAGGAAUAAAACUGUUCAAUUGUUGAAUGAUUUUAAAAUCAGCGGUAUCAAUGGGCUCCAUGUUUGUAUGGUUUUCGAAGUCCUUGGACACAACCUACUCAAACUCAUCAUAAAAUCUAACUAUAGAGGCAUUCCAAGGAACAAUGUCAAAUCCAUCAUUAGACAGGUUCUCGAGGGGUUGGAUUACCUUCAUAAUAAAUGUAAAAUAAUUCACACAGACAUAAAGCCAGAGAACGUAUUGAUAUGCGUAGAUGAGACAUACAUUAGAAAAUUGGCAUCAGAAGCUACAGAAUUGUAUUCUUUGGGAUUUAAAUUGCCGGUAUCAUUAAUAUCUACCGCUCCAAAAGAAUUCCAGGAGCCUACGACGAACACGAAAAUGUCAAAGAAUAAGAAAAAAAAAUUGAAGAAGAAGGCAAAACGACAGAAUGAAUUAUUGAAGAAACAGAUGGAGCAAAUAGAAGAAAUUGAAGAGCAGAGCAAGCUGCUCGUUGACCCAGUAGAAAAUGGAGGAGUGGAAACCAACAGCCCUGAUCAAGACGUCAACACUGAAAGCAUUGAGGAUAAUACAACAGAAAGCAAAGAAUCUCCUGAUAUCUCAGAACCUCCGACAUCGGAGCCAGCGCUGCGGAUAAACGGCAUAGAUGUUUUUACUGGUGGAGAAAAAAUAGAAAAUCAGUCAUUGGAAGAACACCAAAAAGUUGAAGACAUCACACUCUGUGAUAUUGAACAAAGUUGCAGUGAAGGCACCCUUGCGCCUGAUACCGAGGAAACUGAGGAGAGCGGUGAAGGUAACGCAUUAACUAGUGUGCAUAUUCUGAACCCUCCGGAAUCUAAGCAGUUGAAACGUGCAUCGGUAGCACCUUUGGAUCCAGCGAUAGUCGAGUGUGAAGUCGAGGUGAAAAUUGCAGAUCUUGGGAAUGCCUGUUGGGUUCAUAAAAAAUUUACAGAGGAUAUUCAAACACGGCAAUACAGAUCCCUCGAAGUAUUAUUGGGAGCUGGCUAUGACACUUCGGCAGAUAUUUGGUCUACCGCUUGUAUGGCUUUUGAAUUAGCCACUGGUGAUUACCUAUUCGAACCUCAUAGUGGUGAUGAUUACUCUAGAGAUGAGGACCACUUAGCCCACAUAAUUGAGUUACUUGGUGAGAUUCCACGGCGCAUAGCACUUUCCGGAAAGCACUCUCGGAUAUUUUUCAACAAAAAAGGAGAAUUGAGGCACAUAACCGGUCUUAAGCCUUGGAGUCUCUACGAAGUCCUAACGGAGAAGUACGACUGGCUGCCGAGCGAAGCACGUGAAUUUGCUAAGUUCCUAACACCGAUGCUUGACUUUGAUCCCAGUAAGCGGGCAACAGCUGCAGAGUGCCUGAAGCAUCCGUGGCUAAACCAAGUCAAAUAAUCGCGUUUUUUAAUUGUUUUAUCAUAAAAAUUUUUCAACUCCCCACCGGUUUCCCUGAAACUUGCGAACCUCAAAUCCCAAUCAUCAUUACCCGAUUAAUUAGAUACAAAAGCGUAGCGCCCGAGCCGUACCGAAUAGCAUAGUGUAUUUAUUUAGAACUCUUUGAAAAUUUUAGGACCCAGUUUUGUGUGCCGUGCAAACGUUGUCAUAGUUGUGAUUAGAAUUCGAUUCGAUUAAUGUCUCAAAAAUCUGAAGUUUCCGUGAUAUACUCUAAUCACCCAUUUCCUUUUCCUUUUUUUUUCAAAUUCCUGUGCCAAUAAGAAGUUGGGUUGGACACACGGUAAAACGGACAAGAAAAAAAUAAAUAAUACACAGGCAGCGUUCAGAUAACUGUCACUUGUUGUGUACGACGUGUAAUUUAUAAUAACAUUUUAAAUUAUAUAUUUUCCAAACUAAUUGUCUGUCUAUUAUUUACACUUUUCGUUCUGUAAUUUCAGCGUCUAAACGCGCUUUAAUUUUUUUGAAAUACUAACACUUGUGCCUCAUUAAAUUACUUGCACAGGCUUCCGUAACCUGAUCAAAAUUAUCUGCAGUUCUCCAUUUUUUUCGAAUUCUCGGAUUUGCCGGUAAGGCAUUUAUCCUUUUUCGAAUUACUGUGCAAAUUGCAAAACACCAACUUGUUUCCGCUUGGUUUUAUGCCCAACAAAGAAGAACAAACAUUUUGAAUUUUUAUUCGAACAUAUGGCUGCCAAUGUUUUUAAAUUUACACCUUACGAUGUUGAAAUUUGGUAACAUUGCGAUUUGAUAAUACAAUUUUCGUUAUAAUCACAUAAUGUUUGAAUCAAUAUCGAAGCGUUUCUUCUUGUCUGUAGUUGAGAUGGCACAGCACGAAUAAACACAUUCGAAUUGACAAGAUCAUGGCUAAUUUUGCAAUUGGAACAGUUCAAUUCUCAAAAAAAUUUAAAUAUUUUUGUACUAGGAAGAGCAACUACGGCAUCGUCUGCACAGUUGUAGAAUAGCAAAAUACUUGCAUGUUCCAUCGAUAUCUGUAUUUGAAUUAUUGCUGUGAGGUGCUUGCAACUCUGUACGAUUUAACUCUCGCAACAAGAUUACCAAUUGAUGUCACUGAUUUGUAUUUAUGUCUUUGUUAAUCAUAUUUUUUCAUCAUAACUGAUGGAGACUUAAAUUAAAAUCCUUAGUACUUUGUUA